AUGAUGGAGACAUUAGAGGACACACUGUCAGCAAUGGAGGACAACAUGUCCCAAAGGCUACACAAAAUUGAGCACCGCCUGGAUUCAUUAGAAAAAGUGGUAAGUUGUUGUUCUUUCAUAAGAUUUGUGCAAGGUUGUUGUGGAAUGGAUUUGUCAAAAAGAAAAUCGUGCUAGGAUACAGAGCAUCUUUGCCUUCGUCACCAGAACGGAUGAAAAAGAAUUGCACUUGAAAUUGACUUCGGAGGAAUUAUUUACGCUUUACAGUUGAAACUGAAUAGGUAUAUUUUCAACUUUAUUCCCACUCGUUCUUCAUUCCUGGGGAAGCCAAUCGAACGUCCGGUAAUAGAACGCAAUCGAGCGAUUGAGUACAAUUGGGUUUGGCAAUUGAACUUAAUCGAACUCAUCCAAAAAAUUUCCCAAUCGAACACAACUGAACCUUCGGUAAUCCAGGACUGCAAAAUCAAACAUAACUGAACUCAAUCGAACGUAAUCGAACAGUUCAAGAUCCAGUGUCAAUGGUCGUUUAUUAGUUAUCUAAACGAAACUUUAGUGACGGCGGAUUAAAUCUGUUAAGAAUAUCCCCAUUCGGUGUUAUCACAAGCGAUAUAAGGACAGUUUUACAUAGUGUACUCAGCUGUUCGUGUUAUCCAGUAUUUACUGUGAAUUUAUCAAUUUCGAGUCACCUAAACAAUAGUUAAUUCAAAUGAGUUAAUAUCUCUCCCACUUGCUCCUCUAGUUAAAACUCGGUUUAAGAGUGAAAUCCUUAUCAAUUUUUGUAACCCGUUUCAUUUUUUUACAGAACAAAAUUGAACCAAUCAUGUCGAUUGGGUUCAGUAAUCAAAAUUAAUCGAACUCACCGAAAAGAUCCAGUUCGAUUAUGUUCAAUUACCGGAGCCAAUCGAACUCCAGUCGAAUGAUUGAGUGCGAUUGAUUUUUGGUUCUGUUCUGUUCGAUUGGCUACCCCGGGUUCAUUGCUUCACGUAUUAUUAAAUGUAUGAGGAAAUCGACCUUGUUUAGUGUCAUUGGUAAGAAACUAACGAGAAAAUAUUUCUUUUUUUCCAGUUCAGUGAUCCAAAGGUGAAUUUUGAUCCACUUCCUCUGACUGAUAGCCUACCGACCAUAGACCACGAGGCUUUCGCAUCGCUCAGCAAUGAUCCAAUAUUAGCGGACUUUGACCAAGUGCCUUCAACCCUACUAGCACCUUCUACACCAGAGACGUCGAUACUCGAGCCAUCCAGUUCCCACGAUGACCAAAAAGUUGGCAAAGAUGUCAUCAGACAUUCGUAA